AUGACAAUAGUCCUUCUCGUAUACUUAGCCGUGAUGUGCUGCGGAUACUAUGGCUACGGCGACUUCAUGCAGCCAGACAUCGUGAAAUCAUUGUCGUCUUUCCCAGCUACCGAAGAACAGGCCUUGGAUGUGAAGUUUGACGACUGGACCGGUCCGAAGGCACUUGUUCUCCGGGGUGUUUGCGCCGCUCUGUUGCUCAUCAAGCUCAUUAUCGGCUUGCCCCUGAACAUGAUGGUGAUCUACUACUCCCUCCAAACAUACGAGGGAACGAAAGACUGCUUCCCAGCUGGUAGCUUUGCUAACAAGAUCAUGCGGAUCCUUGUUGUUGUGAUCGCCGUUGUUAUCGGCCUGGUGGUGACUCAAUUCAACAAGCUUUUCGCGCUUGUCGCCUCGGUGUGCGGCCCAAUAUUGCAGUGCUUCCUGCCCAUCUUCCUCAGUUACAAAAUUCGCAAGAAGCACGGCGCACGCAUGUCUAGUUGGGUGCGCCGAUUCGGACAUGCCUUGAUCGUCCUGCUCGGUUUGUACUGCUUGACCAUGGGUUUUUACGAUUCCGUGCAGGCUAUCACCGAGAAAGCUUGA